UUUUUGCCUGUGACGGUCUGAAAAUCUUUGAAAACAUUAGCGAGAGCCCUUGCCACAGCAACGACGGGUCCAUGCUUCAAGCCGUGCAACGAAAAAUCCCAUCAUGUCGGGUAGAUUCCACAAAGGCGACCGCUGCGGCGUCGAGAACUGCCGCUCCAAGCGAUACGUCGAGGGCAAUGACGGGAACCGGUACUGCGAAAACGGUCAUCAACAUGCCGGCUCCACUCAACGUGCAGACGACGACGACGAGUGGAACACCAAGGGCCAGACCACGAAGCGCAAGGUAGAGAGACAAGAGAGGGUCUCGAGACAUCUCCACGGCAGAAGUGCCCUCGAGCUUUACCUUUAUUGCUAUCAGUUGAUCUUGUGGAAGCAGGCCCAUUGGCUUGUGCACGCUAAAGGGCAGCCGGCUGAACUCGAGGUUGUGAUUCGCGACCUGUGGGCUUUGCGCUUGCAAAGCCUCAAGAGCAAGGUCGAGGCCCAGUCGGACACGGAAAGCCAGUCCCAGCUCUUUAGCUCUCAGUCCGAAGGCGAAACGGACACGGAGCAUGACGAGCACCGAAAGGAACGGAAAGGCCGCAGGGCUGACUCCACCCCUAGGCUCAUUGAUACCAUAGGGCUCUGUUAUAUUGGCAUGCUCCUCCUGCGCCUGCCCGUCAGUCUCGGAGAUCUGCACAAGUGGGCAGCUGGCGGCGAGAUGAUCUACUACAACGCCAAAGAAAGCAUCCCGAUCGAUAUGAAAGACAGGCUUCCAGGAUUCUAUCACGCGGCUUUAGACCCCGACAUUAUUCUCGAGUCAGAACAUCUGCAGACAGCCAUCCAAGAUCUCGCUAUAACCUACAAAAAUGAUUGCGGCAUGGCCAUCCCGCAGUUAAACUACCCAUUGCUGCUCUUCCGCUACAUCAAUGACCUCGCCCUGCCACUACAAAUCUACCCCGCAACGCUGCGCCUCGCGCGCUUGGUCAAUUACACCUUCACAUUCCCGCUCGUCUCCAGGCGACGCCUGCGGCUCCUCGACUUCCCAGAAACGCAACUCAUAGCGCUGCUCGUCGUAGCCGUGAAGCUGCACUAUCCGUUCGACGGCCUCGAACGGAACCCGCACUCGCCCACCGACACAGGCGGCAUCGUGCUCGACUGGGCGGCGUGGACCGCCGCCGCGGCCGAGGCCGACGGCCUAGCGAAAACGCCCGGUCGCCUGACGUUCGAGCAGAGCAUCGCUGCCUCAGAGAAGGACGUGCUGGCGAUGAACGACACGGAGCUCGACGACUACCUUAAUUGGUAUGAGCGCACGUGGACGGCUGGCGACGACGAUGUCGGCACCCGCGCUAGCGACUUCCGCCACCAGCUCUUUCGCAUGUUCCCGACUGGGCCGGCGCCGGGGCAGGAGGUCGCGCCGCUGCCGCAGCCGCUGGACGGGGCAGUGUUGGAGGAGGCGAGGGAGCGGCGGCUAGGUGCCGUGUUGGGCGCGGUGAGGGCUGUAGAGGUGGUUCCGGAGGCUGAAGAUGGCGAUGGUGAUGGCGAGGGGAAUGCGGGAAGGGAGGUUAUGCGGCCGGGGAGCUGUUAUAGGCGGUACCGCAAGGAGGAGGAUCUGGAGGGGACGGUGACUGCGAAGGUGUUUUACGAUGCUGCUGCGAGACGGGCGGGCAUGUCGCUGGAUGGGUUGGCGAAGGCGGUGUUUGUGGUCGAGAGGUGGUUGGAGGAGUGGAUUGUUCAGGAGAGGAAGAGGGAGGCGGGGCUGGAGGAGGGGGAGGAGGAGAGGGAGAGAAUGGAUGUGGACAAGGAGUGAUGGGGUGAAGAUGUGUUUUGCGGUGGUUAGUUUGGAGGAUGGCUUUCUGGUUGUUAUGGUUGUGUUGCUUGGUUUACUCUUCGGGUUUGACAGUACUUCCCCGUUAAGAAUUGUGACGGAGUUUUUAAGUCCUUG